AUGAAGAUCUUUCACGCUCUCUCUUGUUUACUGUCACUAACCCUGGUCAUCAGGACUGGCCAGGCCGUCAGCUAUCCGAAACACUCCACCUGGAUGCUGGAAAGUGUCAUCGGGCGAGGUGAAGGAAUCAACCCGGCCGACGGUCUGUUGGGAGUCAUCCAGAAGGGCCUAUUCCAGCAAGCCCUACGAGCAGCGAUCGCCCAGUCCAGCGACGCAGAGGAGAUCGCCAGAUGGACGGACUAUCACCGUCGCAGCGUGGACGCCGACAUCGAGGAGCUCCUCAAUGCGACGGCAUCCUCCCGCGACCUGUCUCUUGACCGGCUAUGUGUCGGUCGCUCAAUCAUGGAGAUGAAUCUCGACGAGCCACUCCACCGCAACGUCCUCAAAGCGCUGCGCAAAUCCCUCGACCUGCAAUACCAGAACGAGAACUCCGGCUUCUGGUACUUCGUCGACCCGCCGCCUCCCUACCCGCCGUACGGUAAUCUCUCGUACAGUGAUGGAAUGUACGGCUUCGCGCCCUUCGCCGCCUUAUACGGCAUAACCUACGGCGACCCACACGUAAACCUCGAAGCCGCUCUGCUCCAACUGGAUCUACUCUACCGGCAGAGCAUAGAGCCAUCUACGGGUCUGAUCAAGCACGGCUACGAUGGCUCGCGAGACGCGCCGUGGGCGCACCCGAUCACCGGCGCCAGCCCUAUCGUCUGGGGACGGAGUCUGGCCUGGUAUUUGAUCGGCGCGUUGGAUACCCUGGAAAUUGCUAAAUCCAAGUACGGGAAUGGGGGAGCUCUUAACGCGAUGCAAAAGGACAAGACCGUCCAACGCAUCCUUGACAUCUUCCAGCGUCUCGCCAAGGCAACGGUGAAGGUAAUCCAGGACUCUGCCCGGAAAACCGGCCGCUAUGCCGUCUGGCAGGUAAUGGACCAAGCAGGGGAGAAGGGGAAUUUUGUCGAGGCCAGCGCUGGUGCCAUGGUCGCCUAUGUGCUGGCGAAGGGGGUGCGAUUGGGAUUCCUGCCCGGGUCCGGAUCGACUCAGUCCACGAAGAUCGGCUCAGGACACGGCGCGCCUUCGUCUCUCCGGGUGCAGGGCGCGGUGCGGCAACCCUCUGAGCAGAUGUGGGCUGAAGAUGUGGCGGAUGUUGCGCGCGCGCUCUACAAGGAUGUUGUCGGGCAUUUUGUAGUGCGGAGCGUGGAGGAGGGCAGUUGUCUGAAUUUCCUCGGGACGAGCAUCAUUGCCAGCCUGCAUGAGGAGAAGCCAUACUACGAGUAUUAUACUCAUCGAGCAGUCACCACGAACAGUCUGAUCGGGACGAGUGCAUUCGCGCUGGCGUCACUCGAGAUGGAGAGAAUGGGUGUCUGA